AUGACCGCAACAGCGCUCGCCUCGCGGCCCCUCAAGGCUCGCAAGGCCAAGCCCACCGAAACCCCCUCCCCACCCGUAUCCUCUGCGCCGAGUGUCAGCGACCGCUCAGACGAGCCGGACCCGGCUGCAGCUGCGGCUGUCGAAAAUGGCGACCGCGAUCCCCAGGACUUUCUGUGGAUGUACACUGAGGAACCGCAUCGUAGUCGCCGGAUGGCUAUCCUCAAGCACCAUCCUGAGGUCCGCAAGCUCAUGGGCCCGACCAAGUGGACGCUCCUCGUCGUCAUCUUGGUGCUAUCCCUCCAGGUCUUCCUUGCGCUGUACCUGCGGCGGUUCCCGACGCUGUCAUGGCAGACGCUCCUCACCGCGUACGUGAUCGGCGGCACCUGCAACCAGAACACGUUCCUGGCGAUCCAUGAGAUUACUCACAACCUCGCGUUCAAGGGCAUCCGCCCCAACAAGGUGCUCGCAAUCGUCGCAAACUUUGCCAUUGCCGUCCCUUACGCCAUGGCGUUCAAGGGCUACCACAUCGAGCACCACAAGUUCCUCGGCGAGGACGGCAUUGACACCGACCUGCCGAGCCGCCUCGAGGCCAUGAUCCUAAACAACGUCGCCGGUAAGACGUUCUUUGCGACCUUUCAGCUCCUCUUCUAUGCUCUGCGCCCCGGCUUCAUCCGCAGCCAAAAGUUCACCUACUGGCACGCGAUCAACCUCGCCGCUGUCCUGACCUUUGACGCGGUGCUGGUGCACUUUGCUGGUUGGCGCCCGCUCCUCUAUCUCCUUCUCUCGUCGUUCUUCGCCGGUUCGCUCCACCCUAUGGCGGCGCACUUUAUCGCCGAGCACUACCUCAUGAACCCCGUCGAGCCGGGUACAGUUCAGAGCCUUGCACAGGAGACGACGAGCUACUACGGCUGGCUCAACAUCUUCUGCUACAAUGUCGGCUACCACAAUGAGCACCACGACUUCCCCUCGGUGCCGUGGACGCGCCUUCCUGCUCUUCGCCGCCUCGCCCCAGAGUACUACGACACGCUGCCGAGCCACAAGAGCUGGCCGUACGUUACAUGGCAGUUUAUCACGGACCCCAACGUCGGCAUGUGGAGCCGAGCCAAGCGCAAUGGGCGCGGCGAGCGGCUCAACGAGCACGUGUGGAAGCAGCUGUGGGAGAAGCAGGCGAGCGAGGACAGCGACUGUGACCUGAGCGACUCGGAGAUUGAGCGCGAGAUGGAGGAGGCCGUAGAGAUCGGGUACGCGAGCGACGGGUGCGAGUGA